AUGAGGUCAGCGUUCAGAGUGCCACAAUCACGAAGUCUGAGGUUGGCAGAGCAGUUGUUGGCCUGCGUGGUGAACUCGGAUGGGAGUGAGCCGGAGAUAACGCACCAAAUGUGUGUACGAAUGAUAGGGGUAGGUGUGCGUCGUAAUGGUGUGCUGGUGGACCAGGUUGCUCUCGUCGCAGUUGUACCUAAGGCACGGUUGAAAGUACUGGGGGAGAAGCCGAAGACCUCGAACUUCUGGGGAAUCAGGAGUGCGCCACAGUCGCCGCCCGAGUGCAGCGUCGUUAACGAACGCAAAAGCUACCAGCGGCUGGAAACGGAACCGGUUGAUGCUGACGGUAAAAAAAAACAUUUCGACGUGCUGCGAGAUUGCGUACGGUUCCGAACGUUCCUUCACAAGGGCAAGCUUGCCCCGGACACGGAGGCUGCAUUGGCAGCGGGCGUGAAGAAGAUGUUCCGAGCGGUGACUGUGCCGGACUGGGAGAGCUCAGAGAAGGCGGAGAGAAUAUGGGAAGACAUGUUUGGAGAUCCGCAGCCUGACCCGGAGCAGUGGGCGUGCGCAGACGUGGAGAACGAGCACUAUGAUGACGACAAACUGGAGGUCUGUUCUUGUCGUAAGUUGGUGGAAGGGGAGUGGGCCGUGUUGGCGCCUCGGCUGCCGGAGAGUUGGCGCGACGAAGCGGCGUCAUUGCUGCCCAGGUCAUUGUUAGGACCGGAGCCGAUGUCUGAAGCGGAAGCCUAUGGGUCGACGUUGCGGUCGCGGUUGGAGGAAACUGGUUGGCUGGAGUUAGGUCCGGAACCGAGACAUGCAUUGCAGAGGUGGGUUCGAGACCUGUGGUCACGGCCAUGGGUUCGAAGAGGCGUGUAUGCCACAGGCGCGAGUCUCGUGGGAGGAGGUCUCCUUUGGCACUACUUCACCAGAGGCGAGGAGCAAGUGUCAUCCUUGAUGGUUCCGACGGAAGUCGAAGAAUCCGAGCCUGCCAAGCACGGGCCCAUGGUGUGGAAACAGUCGAACGAGUUAGUUCCUACGAACUCGCUAAAGAAGUCGGACCUACUACAACUUGAGCGACCGCCGUCCGAUUGCACUUCGGGCGCGGUAAUCGUAGGCGGCAAGACGUCGACACGUAAGGUCAUUAAGGACGUCUGUCACGGCGGUAGCGGCGGACUUCUCUGCACGCUUCAGAAGAGAUCUGCCAGUGGCAAGUUCCCAGCCGAAGGGUGCUACCGUUUCGGACUGGACGUCGGUUUUCCCAUGCGCGUCGUCUGGAAUGAGCUCACCCGUACCCGGGGCGUCAUGAGCUGCCGCGCCCACUGCGACCCAACUGCAACCGAACUCGACCGCGCUGGUCACCAGAUUUUGGUUGCACUCGAGAAAAGGUUCCAUUCCGGCGUGACACUCCCCGCCAACCUGCCGCACCCCGCCAACCUGCCGCACCCCAUCAACGGGUCGCUCCCCACCAACGGGUCGCUCCCCACCACCGUGUCGCUCCCCACCAACGGGUCGCUCCCCACCACCGUGUCGCUCCCCACCAACGGGUCGCUCCCCACCAACGGGUCGCUCCCCAUCGACAACGGUUCGGUGCUCGGCGGAACAGGCUGCAAGAGAGCUCGCAAAUUACCCCCGCCGCUUCGACUGUUCAGGCGCCUGCUCUAA